AUGCAUUUUGGGGAAGCACCAUCUUUGCACAAAGGGGCAGUUUGGGUGAGGAGGCUGUUGUCUUCCACCCUGACCUGGAACAUUUGCCCAGCAAGCAGUGCCUCCUCCUUGUGCUGGCUGGUGCAGGAGCUCAAUGGGGACCUGUGUCUGCUAACUCAAGGAGAGCUAGUGAAAGAAUUGGAAAAGCCGAUGAUGGUGUCUGCAGCGAAUGUGACGACCGUCCAGGAGUUCAUCCUGGAGGGGUUUCCUGCUGUCCGGUCCCUGGGCACGGUCCUCUUUCUGGUGCACCUGCUGGCCUACCUGGCGUCCAUCACAGGAAACACACUCAUCAUCACGGCCACCUGGACAGACCGUCGCCUGCAGACACCUAUGUACUUUUUCCUCAGCAGUUUUUCCUUCCUUGAAUGCUGUUUAAUAACCACUGUUAUUCCUAAAUUGCUGGCUAUCUUUCUUUCAGGUAGUCAAAUAAUUUCCUUGGCUGCCUGCUUCACACAAGCCUUUGUAGUUCUUUUUGUGGGGACAUCUGGUUUCUUCCUUUUGGCUAUAUUAUCUCUGGAUCGAUAUCUGGCCAUUUGCAAACCGCUCCAUUACUCCAACAUCAUGAACCCAAGGAUGUGUGUCCUCUUGGUCACUGCCUGCUUGGUUUUGGGGUUCCUUCUCAUGGUGGUUCCGGUUGGAAUGCUCUCUCAGUUAUCCUUCUGUGGCCCCCAUGUCAUCCCUCACUUCUUCUGUGAUUUUGGGCCCUUGACUAAUCUCUCCUGCUCUGAUACCAGUUGCAUUGAAAUGUUGGCCUUCAGCCUUGCUUUGCUCAUCCUUCUGACAUCCCUCAUCUCAACAGUCGUUGCUUAUGGCAACAUAGUAGCCACAAUUUUGCAUCUCCCAACAGCCAAGGAGCAACAGAGAGCUUUCUCUACCUGCUCCUCUCACUUCAUUGUCCUCUCUCUCACAUACAGCAGCUGUGUUUUUAUUUAUGUGAAACCAAAGCAAACGAGCAGGCAGGACUCCAACAGAGAGGCUGCCCUCGUGAACACUGUGGUGACCCCACUGCUGAACCCCAUCAUUUACAGUCUGCGGAACAAGCAGGUCCAUCAGGCUCUGAAGGAGGUUCUGUCCAGGGUGAAACUGCAGAAAUAG